CAUGACGUCGGCGAGAAGAGAGCCUGUGAUUGGUCAGUCCGUAUCAGGAAGUGAUGAGCUGACUGUUGACAGCUCUCUUGCAAAUUUCCUUGCAGCCUGGCUAUCUGAGAUGGACGUUGGAGAGGAGGUGCGAGUGGAAGCCGUCCCAUACUGCUGUUCCACCUGCGAAGGAGGAGAGGUCGCCGGACGUAGCCAGGCUCGACGCAGCAGGAAAACCCGCAGCCUGAGCACCUCCUCAGCCAGCAGCUCCUCUGACUUCAGGAGGCCUCAGUCGCUUCAUGGACCCAGCCCUGUGACCACAUUCGGCCCAAAGGCAUGCAUGCUUCAGAAUCCGCAUACAGUAAUGCACAUUCAGGACCCCGCCAGCCAGAGACUGACAUGGAACAAGCCACCAAAAAGUGUCCUUGUCAUCAAGAAGAUACAAGAUGCCAGUCUGCUUCAGCCUUUCAAAGAACUCUGCAUGUUCCUCACCGAGGUGAAAGACAUGCGUGUUUAUGUGGAAAAGAAAGUUCUGGAGGACCCAGCCAUAGACGAUGAAAACUUUGGAGCCAUUACUAAAUUCUGCACUUUCAGAGACGAUCUUGAUGACAUCUCCAAUCGCGUAGACUUCAUCAUCUGUCUUGGCGGAGAUGGAACUUUGCUGUACGCUUCUUCGCUCUUCCAGGAGAGUGUUCCACCGGUUAUGGCCUUCCACCUGGGCUCCCUGGGUUUCCUGACACCCUUCAAAUUUGACACCUACCAGUCUCAGGUCACCCAAAUUAUUGAAGGUAAUGCUGCCAUUGUCCUGCGAAGCCGCUUGAAAGUUCGGGUGCUUAAAGAGAACCGGGAGAAGAAGGCCAGAGUGGAUGAAAAAAGCAUCAUCCUGACUAACGGGGACAACGAAAGCAGCCGGAAAGCCGUGCAAUAUCAGGUACUGAACGAGGUGGUGGUGGACCGAGGGCCAUCCUCCUAUCUCUCCAACGUCGACCUCUUCCUGGAUGGACACCUCAUUACCACAGUGCAGGGAGACGGUGUCAUAGUAUCGACACCUACAGGAAGUACAGCGUAUGCAGUGGCAGCAGGAGCUUCCAUGAUCCAUCCCAACGUCCCAGCCAUCAUGAUCACCCCCAUCUGCCCACACUCGCUCUCCUUCAGACCCAUCGUGGUGCCUGCCGGGGUGGAGCUCAAGAUAAUGCUGUCAUGUGACGCCAGAAACACAGCCUGGGUGUCGUUUGAUGGAAGAAAGAGACAGGAGAUCUGUCACGGAGACAGUAUUACCAUCACUACUUCCUGCUUCCCCGUUCCAUCCAUCUGUUUCCGGGACCCAGUCAAUGACUGGUUCGAGAGCCUGGCCCAGUGUUUACACUGGAACGUGAGGAAGAAGCAGAACUACCUCAGCUCAGAGGACGAGGAGUUCUGAAGCAUCUUUUACGUCUCCUCAGAAGACUCAAGGACUCCUUCCUCUUGGUUAUAGCUUGACCGUGCUCUGUGCCAUUUUGUCUUUGGUGGAUAAAAGACAUAACAGUUUAGGUUUUGGUAAACUCCAUUCAAAAACAUCGGUCACAUUAAUGUUGCCCUUCAUAUGUCUUAACAAUGUCCAGUAGUAAUAUUCCAAGUAUUGGGCCAAACAGCUCUUUUGCUGCAGUUCUCCGUGUUGUAUUUUGCUGGACUAAAUGUGUGGAAAUAAGAGGCAAACGAUCAAAAACCCACAUAGUGUUCAAUUAAAUUAAAUAAGUUAUUAAAAUAAAUAAACUAACCAGGUAAUUAACAUAACUAUGUGAAACGGACUCUAUCUAUCUAUUUUUUAGCCAACAGGAGAUCGUUAGCUAUAGAGUCUGGUGAGAGGCUGGAAGCACGUUAUUGGCUGAAAGGUGACGAGGCGGAGACUGGUGACAACUCGACUUAAAUAGCGACAGUUUAAAAUAAAUUGUCAUAUGUAAAACUGCUAAUAUGACAUAUCGACAGGUUUUAGACCCUAACUCAUUUUAAAAUAAAAAUUGUAAAAUGAAAAACUUACAUUUUUAAAAAGAAAGUUAUGAAUUUACAUUUCAUUAAAAAAAGUUUAGUUUUAAUAAUUAAUAAAAUUGUUUUACAAUUUAUUGGACACUGAGUUUUCAUGGAAAACAAAUCUGAAAGGUGAGCUUAAUCAAACUUACUAAUGCUACUCAGAGAAUGAGGGUUACACAAGUAACACACCUAAAUUUGUGUGUCAGGGGUACGCAGUAUUAAUGAGUCUGUUGAACACCCAGAAGAUAUUAUAUCAUGUUCUAAUGUGUAUGCAUGUUAAAAUGGUGGACUUUGAAUGGAGUUUGGCCUCACUAUUGUUCCAGGACUGUGUCCUUUCCUUCUGUAUGCUGUGGAAACCGGCUAUUUGAAGUCAAAAAGCAGUUUGUAGAGAAAGUAAUCAGGAAAAGGCAAGGUUUGGGAUGAACUUGGACUAAAACUCUGAAGGUUAGUUAUUGCAAUACUCUUUGAUGGUCUGUUCGAGCACUUUCAAGUCUUUAAGACAGAUGGCAGGGACACAUCUACUACUUUUAUAAACAGCAGAAGCUAGUUCUUUUAGUAGCGGUAAAGGGUAAUUUGGUAUUAUCUGAACGAUUUAAAAAAAAUUAUAUAUCUGUUAAGUCAAACUUUUAAUUCUGUUUCUCAAAUCAGGAAAAACUGAUGACCGUAAUUGUCAUGAAUGCAUGACAAAUGUUGUCUUACGCAAUUUUUAGAGGCACCUUGGGGAAGAGCACAUUUACAGUACAUCUGCUUGGCAAUAGGGGCCCAACUAUAAAGACUGUGCCUUAAAGACUGGUAUCAUUAAUGUAUAGAAUCGUAAUUUUUCAAGGAUUACAUCAUGGUGAGGAUGUAAUCAUACACUUGCACAAAUGUGUGAUUUGUGCGUUUUAAUUAUAACCACAUGUUGACUGUUGUCUUUGCUGUCUGCAGUGCAUGACACUUGACUAAUUGAGUUAUGUAGAAUGUGUCACAUAGUCUCUGUCCUGCAGUCAUGUAGUCGGUGCAUUGGAUGACAUGCCGAGAAUGCGAGGAAGGGACAUUCAAAGAGACCACAGUUCAAAUCUCUUCAGUGUCUUUUUAUCGUCUUGUUUUUUUUUAAAUGUCGUCUAAGCCAUAGCGGAACCCUUUGUAGGUUUAACAGACCAAUAUCUGUGGGCUGUGGGUGACGUAAUGCUCUGUGUAGGGUGAGGAAUUACAUUUUUUAGACUUGUCAGUUUGCCACUGCACAGUCUUGCUGAAUGUGGCCUUCCUUGCAUAAAUGUUCAGAUAAUAAUGUCUAGAUGUUAUAUAUACAUUAUGAAUUGAUUUAACAAACUGUGUCAGGGUGAAAACAUGAAUGGUGGUGUACUGAAGUGGACCAACUAAGCUCUAAAAGGCAAUCAUUCCUUUACUAGUAUGUGUAAAUAUGUGAUGCUUGAAUAAGAUGUAUUUUGUAAAGUAUAUGUUUAUUAACCAGUUUACAAUGUAUCAUUGCUGAAAAUAAAUCUAUUUGAUACUUUUUUACAUUAA